UUCUCAGCUUCAACAGGUGCUAAUUCUGCUCUACAUAACAUCAUCUCAUGGAAUUUUACUUCUACUUCACUUGUUGAUCACGAAUCUCUAGCUCUUUCUGGCCAAGAAGAAACAAAAGAUGAAACUCCAGUUCCGGCGCCAGGCCCUACUUCUAAAUUCAAGGCAAGAAAACGCAAGAAACCACUAGCUGUUGUGAUCGGUAGUAGUAUUGGUGGAUUUAUCUUGGUAUGUUUCUUAGGUUUGGGUUUGUACAACUCGUGCAAGAAAAAGGCAACAAGAACAACAACUGAUGGAAAUCCAAAUGACUUGAUUCACGAAUUCGAAGGGACCUCCUCCUUGAAGAUAUUUCCGUACGAGGAGUUGGUUUUGGCGACAAGAUAUUUUUUUGAGGGAGAAAAGCUUGGGGAGGGAGGAUCCGAAGUGGAAAUUUACAAAGGCUACAUGACAUACUUGAACUCAUAUGUUGCUGUUAAGAAGAUAUCAAGGGGAGCUAAACAUUGGAUUGAUCUGUAUGCACAACAACUACGGAUAAUCAGUCAAUGUAGGCAUCGGAAUCUGGUGCAACUCAUUGGUUGGUGCCAUGAAAAAGGAGAACUCCUACUUGUCUACGAGUUCGUGCCCAACGGCAGCUUAGAGACUCAUUUGUUCAAAUCAGAAAGCUUGUUAUUUUGGGAGUCAAGGUACAGAAUUGUUCUAGGCAUGGCUUCGGGGUUGCUCUAUCUACAUGAAGGUGGGCGGCAACCUCUGUUGCACACGAAUAUCAAACCGAGCAAUGUUAUGGUGGAUUCUAAUUUCAACGCAAAACUUCGGGAUUUCGGGCUCGGCCACAGAAGAGAGCCACAGAUGAUAACCACAAGCUACACGGCUCCUGAAUAUUUCAUUGGACCGUUAAGAAACAAAUCAGACGUCUUCAGCUUCGGAAUUGUUGCUUUGGAGAUUUCCUGCGGAAGAAAGCUCAUCGAUCCAAAAUUUGAAGGUAGUCAAGUCGAUAUGGUAGAGUGGGUUUGGGAGCUUUAUGUAGAAGGAAAAGUUAUCAAAGCAGCUGAUCCAAAAUUGCAUGGAGAUUUCAAUGACAAACAAAUGGAGUGCUUGUUGAUUGUAGGGCUUUGGUGUGCUCAUGAAAAUUAUAUUUUAAGACCUUCAAUGCGACAAGCAUUUUGCGCCCUAAACUUCGAAGAUCCAUUACCCAUUCUCCCAUCAAGGAUGCCUAUGGGUACGUCUCCUCCUGCAACAACGCUUUCAAGGUCGCCUAGCACUAUUGGUUCUGAAGGAGGGCAAAUGGAGUCUGGUUAUGGUAAUGCCACCAAUUGCUCAGAGAUCACUGAAUCUUCAGCAAUGGAGUCUGGCUAUGGUAAUGCCACCAAUUGCUCAGAGAUCAUUGAAUCUUCAGUAGUUGAGUCUGGGAAUGCCACCAAUUGCUCAGAGAUCACUGAAUCUUCAGCAAUAGAGUCUGGCUAUGGUAAUGCCACCAAUUCCUCAGAGAUCACUGAAUCUUCAGCAGUGGAGUCUGGCUAUGGUAAUGCCACCAAUUGCUCAGAGAUCACUGAAUCUUCAGCAAUGGAGUCUGGCUAUAGUAAUGCCACCAAUUCCUCAAAGAUCACUGAAUCUUCAGCAAUGGAGUCUGGCUAUG